GAGUCGUGGUAUUUGUGCAAAACAUCUUAACAUGAUUGAGCUAAAGCAUCCGAAAACGGGGCAAAUUCUAGAGGUUGAUGAUUUCUGGUUACGAUAUCACUGCCGCUGUGUGGAUUGUGUGGAUGUCGAUACGCAGCAGCGACGUUAUAAUCUUUUCGAUCUUCCAGCUGCUGUAAAGGCUUCGAAACUGAGCUAUAAGUCGGAACAACAAUUGUUGGUGGAAUGGAGCGAUGGUCAUAAAGCCAGCUACGACAUCGACAACAUCUUUAAUUCCCAGCUGGAUGCGCUGCUUCAUCGUCGUUUAAACUCCACAGUCCACACACCCUGGACACGUAGCGUUAUAAAGAGGCAUGAGAAGGAUUUGCGCUUCCCUUUGUCUGCGCUGAUCAAUAACGACGAUGUGGUCAAGUCCUUGGUGACCUCUCUGGUACGCUAUGGUGUUGCCUUUAUUGAUGAGGUGCCGGCCACGUCCACAAUGACGGAACUAGUCAUACGUCGCGUGUUUCCCAUUAUGAAGACAAUUUUCGGAGAACUUUGGACCGACAGCGAUGUUAAAGAUCCUGAAGGCACGCCCACCACGAUGCCCUAUAGGCAUCCACACACGGAUAAUACAUUUUUUUGUGAUGCAGCAGGCCUGCUGGCUCUGCACUGUACCGAGCAUGUAAAUCGAGAGGGCGGAGAGUAUUUUUUUGUGGAUGGUCUGCAUGUUGUCCAGGAACUAAAGCGACAAAAUCCAAAGGCCUACGAGUUACUCUGUCGCGCUCAAGUGGCUGCGGAGUAUUUGGAACCAGGACAGCAUCAUUCCUACACUGCACCUAUUAUAAGGACCGAUCCAGUAACUGGCGAAUUUGUGCAGCUGAGCUUCAAUGUUUGCGAUCGUGGCAUGAUAAACACACUGCCACAAUCGGAAAUGGCCGACUUUUAUGCCAGUAUGCGUGCCCUGCUGAAGAUAAUCAAGGAUGAGGCAAAUCGGUGGAUGGCUCUGCUCAGCCCUGGUACCAUUGCGAUCUUUGACAAUUGGCGAUUGGUCCAUGGCCGUCUCGCUUAUAAAGGCGAGCGUACCAUUACAGGGGCCUAUGUAUUAAGAACCGAUUUCAUGAGCAAGGCACGAGUGCUGGGUAUCAUUGAAUGAGCAGUUCAGACAUUUUGUAAAUUGUUGUUAUGUGAAAAAAGCGGAUGUGAAAUUAAUCAAAGAAGAUCCUUUUGGAUU